GUGUGUGUGUACCUGGGCUAUAGCUGGUCUAUAUAUAUGAAGUUACAUGACACCCAAUUUGGCUGCUGAAGCAAUCAACAUGAGCUUGAUCAUUCUGCUGGCAUUAGUAGGAGCUGCUGUGGCAGCACCCAGUGGCGAACAAAGAAUUGUUGGAGGCUCCGAGUGUCUUGCUCAUUCACAGCCAUGGAUGGUGUCUCUGCACUAUGGCUAUCACUUCUGUGGAGGAGUGCUCAUUAAUGAGCAGUGGGUGCUCUCUACUGCCCAGUGCUGGUACAAUCCCUAUGGCAUGCAGUUCAUUUUGGGAGAUCAUGAUGUGCGUGUGUUUGAGGGAACUGAGCAGCUUCUAAAGACAGAAAAUAUUAUCUGGCACCCCAAAUAUGACUACAAGACUCUGGACUAUGAUAUAAUGCUAAUUAAGCUGUUCCACCCAGUAAAAGUGACUAAUGCUGUGCAGCCAAUAUCUCUGCCAUCUGGCUGUCCCUAUGACGGAAUGUCCUGUACUGUAUCUGGAUGGGGGUCUCUUUAUGCUGAUAGCUUAUUCAUGCCAUUUCGUCUUCAGUGUGCUGAUGUUCCAGUUGUGGGUGAGCGGGAGUGUGAGAGGUCAUAUCCUGGUAUGCUGACUCCUAGAAUGCUGUGUGCUGGCCACAAGGAAGGUGGCAAGGACGCAUGCUUUAGGGAUGCAGGCAGUCCACUGGUGUGUAAUGGAGCGGUGCAUGGACUGGUGUCUUGGGGUCAAGGCUGUGGCCUGCCAGGCUACCCCGGAGUCUACGUCAAAGUGUGCGAGUUCCUCUAUUGGAUCAAAGAUGUCAUGGCCGCAAACCCUUAGAGCUUUUUUCUGUAUUCCGGUCUUCAUUACACUCUUUUAUUUCAUUUUCAACCUCUCACUCCUUUAUACCCAUGUGUCAUCCUGGAUGAUUUUGGGAAUUCUCUGCUGUUCUGUUCAUUUCUGUUCCCACCCAUCUCUCAGAGAAAAGUAAUGAAAUAGUAUUGGUAUACAUGAAUAAAAACACCUCUGCCAUGA